GGCAUCGACUUCCUCGGCAUCGGCUACGAUCUCCUGAACGGCAACCCCCACGGCGAUGUAGACACCCCGAUUGACCCGGGCUUCCGCGCGCCGGUCGUGAGCCUCACCUAUUGCGAAGGGGAUGAUACACAGUGCGCCACCCGGGACCUCCGCGACCUACAGCCCAUCGAGGGUUGGGAUCUGCCGGAAUUCGCUUGUACCCAGGCAGAGUCC